AUGCAUCUUUCCCUGUGGUCCCUGUUCGUGAGCUCUUGCUUGGCUGUUCCGGUCAUUAACCGGCAACAACAAGCCCUGCAACCUCUGGACAGGAAUGACCCCUACACGCCUGAUAAUCGGGAUCCCUACGAUAGCAAAAUCGACUCGUAUGGCAAAGACUUGCAGCCACUGCCUUGGCGGAACGGUGAUGGUGCGACCAUGAUGGGGCCGCGGAACAAAGACCGCGAGAGGCAAAACCCAGAUAUGCUUCGGCCUCCCAGCACCGAUCAUGGGAGCAUGUCCAACUAUCGUUGGAGUUUUGCCGACUCUCAUAUCAGGAUCGAGGAGGGAGGGUGGACACGUCAAACCACCAUCAGAGAACUCGGCUCGAGCAAAGAAAUUGCCGGUGUCAAUAUGAGGCUUGAUUACGGUGUGAUUCGAGAACUUCACUGGCACAAGGAGGCCGAGUGGGCAUACGUCCUCGAAGGGAGCGUGCGUGUCACUGCUCUGGACACUGAGGGCGGCAACUUCAUCGACGACCUUCAAAAGGGAGACUUGUGGUACUUUCCAUCAGGCCAUCCCCAUUCUCUGCAAGGCUUAGACCCCAACGGCACGGAAUUCCUGAUCGUCUUUGACGACGGCAACUUCAACGAAGAAUCGACCUUCUUGUUGACGGACUGGCUAGCCCACACUCCCAAGUCUGUCCUCGGCGAGAAUUUCCGCCUCUCGCCCGAGGUCUUCAAGACCAUUCCCAAGUCCGACAAAUAUAUUUUCCAGGGUAGCUUGCCAGGCUCCAUUGACGAGGAGAAGCCAGAUGGCACGCACGUCAAGAAGUCCAAAUUCAAAUUCACCCACAAGAUGAUGGACCAAGAGCCUCUCAACACCACCGGGGGUCUGGUCCGUAUCACCGACUCGACUAACUUCCCCAUCUCCAAGACCAUUGCCGCAGCCCAUCUCGACAUUGCGCCCGGCGCAAUGCGUGAAAUGCAUUGGCAUCCCAAUGCUGAUGAGUGGUCAUACUUCAUCAAAGGCCGUGCACGUGUCACCAUCUUCGGCGCCGAGGGCAAUGCUAGAACUUUCGACUACAUGGCUGGAGACGUCGGCGUGGUCCCCCGGAAUAUGGGCCACUUCAUCGAAAAUUUGAGUGAGGACGAACCCGUUGAAGUCCUGGAAAUCUUCCGCGCCGAGAAGUUCCAGGAUUUUUCAUUGUUCCAGUGGCUGGGCGAGACGCCCAAGAAGAUGGUUGCGGAUCACAUCUUCGCCGACGACCAAGACGGAGCAGACAAGUUUUUGAAGGAGAUUCACGAUGCAGAUUAUGAUCCGAUCCGGGGAAAGGCCGAGUAG